GGGGUGACGGCCUCAGCUGGUCUGGGGAGCUCUCUGCACAAAGCUCCUGGGAGGAACCUGGCCCACCUUUGUCCUGGGGGCUCCUGUGGGGCGAGCCUCGGCAGCAAGGUGCUCCUGGGGGUGGGGGACAGGGGACCCGGCCCCUGUACGGCUCCUCCAUGGACGUGGCUGUGUCAGGGUGCCUGGAUCUGGAACGGAGCCUCCCACAGGCGGGCAGUCUGUUGCCUCGCCCGGAGGUGCCUGCCCCAGGCUCGGGGUCCGAGCUGUCAGAAGCCUCUAGCAAAGUCUGGGACGAGGACAGUGAGGAGAACCUGCCGGAACCCGGCGCCAGGAGCUCCUCACUGGCAGGCGGCUCAUCUGGCCUUGAGGAUUCUGGGGAGGCCCACGUGGCUCUCCCCGCCCUGGGCCCUGGGGAGGGGCAGGAAGCUUCUGGAACCAGCGACAGCCUGACCAGUGGAUCAAAUGCAGGAAAAGCCAAGCGGGAGUCCCCUGAGGCAGCCUGCAUGGUGUUCCCAUCCGAAACCUCCCCCCUCGGUGACUUGGACUUGUCACUUUCCUUUCCUUUGGGGACCUCUGCAUCUGCAGGGGUGGAUCCCGGCAAAGAAGGACAGGUGCAGCUUCCGCAGGCCGCAGCUGGCUGCCGGGGCAGGCCCUGGCCCGCUGCCCCGAGCUCAUCCACCCAGAGGAAACCCCUGCAGCCCCUGCCCGAGCAUGAGGUCCCUGUGACCCUGCAGGCGCCUCCUGGGGACCCCGCUGGGCUGGCACCCCUGGUAGCCACGGGCCAGGGACCUGGGCCUGGUGGGCACGGUGUCUCCCCUAUCCUGGGGGAAGCUCAUGCCCCACUUGCUGGCGGCGUCUUGACCGAGAUCCUGUCUCCAGUCGACGAGGUCCUGUCCUACGGCAGCUUCGACCUCCCGUCCUCCGCCCACGCGGACGUCCCUCUCCCCCCACUCCCGCCCACCCCCCAAGCAGAGAGCGACUCGGAAGACGGCCGCCCGGGCUCGGAGGACUUCCCUUCCCCACCCCAGGAAGCCGCGUUCCCCGGGGCCCCGCUGGGCGCUCAGGGGGAGGACACCUCCGUCACCACUGAGGACUUGUCCUCCUUGUCUGGGGACGGCCUGCCGGAGACACUGUCCCCACGACCCCAGGAGUCGGUGCUCCGCCCGGGGGCGGCUGGGCAGGGCGGGAGCCUUGAGGAUGAGUUGGGUGAAUCAGGAGCUCUGGUGGGAAGGGAGGCUGCAGGCAGCCAGUGGUCCACACCGGUCGGCUGGCCGGGGCGCUUGCAAGAGGAGCCAGGCAGCGUCCCUGGGGGGCUCCCAGGGCCAUCGGCACCGCUGUCCCGAGAGGCCUGUGUGGCUGGGGAGGGUCUGUCAAGGGGGGAGGGUCUGUCAAGGCUGUUGACGGCUGGUGACACAGACAUGCUCUUUGGCAUUUGGCGGGGGCACCUGGAACCUCCUUUGGACACAGGGUCCUGGGUGGGCACGGGCCGUCGGGGGGCGUCCUGGGAGGGGGUGGAGAGUGCAGGGUGCCCGGGAGGGUCGGUGCAGCUCUUAGUGUGCCCGGAUGAGCCCCUGGACCUGGACGCCGUUUCAGCUUCAGCUGUGUCCCUGGGCGGCCACACCUGCUUGGCCGAGACCCCCCUCGGCGGCCAGGACCCCAGAGCAAUGCUGGCUGAGAGCAGAGCAGCCGCACCCCCAGACCCCCGGCCUGUGGCCCCAGCAGCUCCGCUCCCAGGCCGCGUGCCCGUGGGGGCCAGUGGGCAGGCUGGGGAGGGGGGUGAGGGAGCCCUGAUCUGCGAGGCGGAGGCCCAGCCCGGGGCCGAGGCCUCCCCAGGCAUGGCGACGGAGGGGGUGGUGGACCUGGUCUCCACCCGGCUCACCAGGAGGGUCCUGCGCGACUCCUUAGCAGCUCUCUCAGCGCUGGUGCUGGCCCCGAGGGGCAGCCCCUAGGGUGCUUUCUGAGACAGCCCUGUGAACUGCGUGUGCCUCCAAGCAACAGCCUCCCGGGAGCUGGAGCCUCCAGGAAGCCUGGACUUUGCCCAGGAUGGACGGGCUUGCAGGACGGCACAGGCGGGCAGUGCCCCCACCCACUGCUCACCGGCUCUGUCUUCUGGACAGAGGCCCUGCUGCUUCUGUCAGGCCUCGGAGUGGCUUGGGCCAGAGUGACACAGACACCUCGGGCUGUGUGGGUGCUGUCCAGAGGCCCCAGGUCAGGAGAGGCGCCAAGGCCAGCAGGUCAAGCGAGAACCGGUGCCGGGAUGGGGCAGCACCUGCGCCAGGACAGGGGCUGGCAAAGGCCCCCGCGAGGAGCAGCGGGCGCUGGGCUGCACUCUCGCUGCCUGGGCGCCCAAGGGCUUUGCUCAGGAAGUCAUCGGUGGGGACAUUCGCCGGCUGUGACUUCAAAAGGCGAGGGCCCCUGAUGCCUUCACUGUUCCAGCAAUGACCUGCAUGGGUGACUGGCGUGGGUGCAUCGUGUGCCUGAGUGAACGGGCUGGAGGAAGUGCCAACCCCAGCCUGGCGGAGGUCCCUUCCCCCACAGCCACCCUGGCCCGGGUCUACCCCUCUGGGGUAGGUGGCCCAAGGCCUCCUCCCCUGUGUGCUGGGCCCCCCCCCCCCGUGCCUGGAAGGCAGGGUGCAGCUGGUCUCUGCCGGUGCCAUGGACUUUGCCCCGCCUCCGAGGGCUCGCUGGGACCCCAGGGGCCCCUUUUCUCAGGAACACAGAGCCAGGCAGCGAGACCGGUGCUGCCGUCGCCUCUGGAAGAAACGAGAGCCCAUUCCCGGGCCGGGCAGGCCUCCUGGUGUGCAGCCCCCUGGAGCAGCUGGUUAUUCGGCAGUUGUUGCUGGCAGCACUGCGGCUUCUGCGUGGAGGGCGGGUCCCGCCCGCCAAACAGGGGCGAGCUCCCCCUGCCCGAGAGCACCUGCUUCCCCCGGAACACACAUCCAGGCGGGAAGCUCCGGAGUCGUCAUGGAUGCAGGCAGGAAGAGGAUUUCCUGUGGGGACAGAAGUCUCCAGAAGUCUCACUGUAAAAUGAAACCGCCCUGCAGACCCUCGGGCCUCCUCCGGCUGGGGACGGGGCCCACCAGGGUGACAGGGAUGGCGGUCUGUAGGGAGUAGGGGGGCGUGCGGGGUGGCUGGAGGCCCGGCGCAAUGUCCUUGGGAGAACAGCCGGGGUGCAGGCUCGAGGGCCUUCGGGGCCAUCACAGCUGCGACCUCCUGCCGCCGUAAGCCUCGGGUGGGCCCGACAGGUUCCCGGGAGGGACAGGCUGCCGGGGUGGGGGGGGGUCCCCACUGCCCAGCCUCUCCCAGAGCAGCUCUGCAGCCGAGGGAAGCCAGGACCCGGCCAAAGCCACGGGGCCCUGGAGCGCCUCGGCGUCCACAGCGGAGCCUGUCCGUCCUCCCGGUCCCCAGGCGCCUGGUCUCUGGGCCGUGCGGCACGGGCCUCCCCAGGGUGACCAGGUGCUGGGCGGCGAGUGUUGCUUCUCGAAGGGGGGGCUUUCCACCGUCCAGCGAGGGAGCACGCUGGGGCUUGUGCUGCAGUAUCUCGCUAGGUGGAAACCACCGUGACCGUCUCUUAACUAAUGCCCCUGUUAACGCACCAGUGAACCGACGAGAGGCCUGUCACCUCUGUAUGCUCAGUGGUUUUGUGCAGAGUCAUAGCUGCGGGGCACAGGGGAAGUGGCUUUUAAAUGAGCCCGGAAGUCCAUCGUUUACAGACCUGGUCUCUAGCUUCACCGUGGUCGGAUCUCAUGCGAGGAGGCUCACUCACACCGUGACCGGACCUCUCGGCGCUGACUUUCCACGCCCGACGGCGGCGUGUGGACGUGUGCAUGUGUCUGUCACCUGUGGUCCAGCCGUCAUUCACUUACUAUCCCUCCAUCUUUGCGCCCAUGCACCUUCCACCUGUGCACCUGUCAAUUAUCAGCCAGCCAGCCAGCCAGCCAUCCCGUCCCAAUUCCCUUCUCAGAUCGGAAGGCCCCUGCUCGCAUGGGGAGUCCACACACGGCGCACGGCAUGUGGCUGAGGAACAUCCGUGCCCCGGUGCUGGUCCCACACCACCUUGUGUCAUCCAACCCUCCCUUCCCUGUUUUGCAGAGGACACCAAGGCCCAGAGAGGGCCGGUGACCCGCCUGAGGUCACACAGCAAGUUGGAGGCUGAGCCAAGAACUCACCACAAGGUCUCUGGACUCCAGGUCCAGGCCUCUGUGCCUCCUCGGGAACCUGGCUGCUUGGGGGCUCCAGCUCUGGGAGCUGCAGAGACCUACGGCUGGUGGGGGAGGGGGAGAGUUGGGGGUUGUGUCUGUUUUACUCCUGCCCCUGGGAGGCCCCAACGUCUACCGGCACCACUUGCAUAGGAGUCGUCUCCCAAGCCGCAUCUGCAAGGCCUGGCCAGGCCCCGAGGUGCCAGGUCACAGGACACACAGAGCCACCGGUGCCCCCUACCCCAGGCCCCUUGAGCGCACCGUGAGGCGGGAGCCCCUCUCCAGGCGGCCCGUCCCGCCCCGCCUGCCCUCUCCACCCCAGGGCAGCUCCCGAGGCCGACCUUGGCCACCUCUGCUCACAGCGAACGCACCACAGGGGUCAGGGGUGAAUGGGGCUGCGGCCUUCCUUCCCUCGGACGCUGCGCCCCACACUCCCCAGCCACCCUGGGGCGCGCACGGGGGCCCGUGUGCCUGCUCCCGGCGCCAACGACUUCAGAACAGGUUUUGAGCUACAGCGUUCGUAUUGAUUUCCUUCUAGUUUUCUGAACAAAUUAGUCCGUAAUUUUUUAUAUUUCCCCCUUUAUUGCUGACCCUUUUGGAUUUAUGAGGCCGUGCGAGAGGAAUUAUGUAUUUUAUGCACACGUGUUCAUCGUGGCAAUAAAUCUCCCCUGCGUGGUAA